AUGUCGGAAGAACCCCAGGUCCUGUCCAUCCAGGAACGCAUCCGGGCCCUGAAACAGGCACAAACUGGACAAGGUUCUGAGGGCACGGGAUCGCCGUUGCUCGGAAGCCAGCCAACCGCUUUUGCUCUCCGUCCUGCCUCGUCGCAGUCGAACGGUAAUCAUAAUAACAAUAGCACUGCUCCGAUCCAACCUCCGCCGUACAGCAAGGAGCCGCCGCCACCUGUCCCGAGGAUUUCACACGCUGGUGUUGUUCCUGGCGAUAUCACGCCAGGCGCUGCCAGGCAGCAGCCAAAAAGACCCCCACCGCUACCGGCCCGCAAAAGCUCGAGCCAGCAACUUGCUGCACCGUCGCUGCCACCGCGACGGCCCUCGGUUGAUUCUGUUGCGUCUGAUGCAUCGCGGUCGACUAAUACGUCUACGAGUGCACUGUCGGCCUCCACAACUACGACGGGGAAAUCGAGUUCGAAACCUACAACACCUGGAUCAGUGGUAAAGGCACCGCCAUGGGGUGCAACAGAACUGCCCCCGUUGCCUCCGAAGCGACAGAAUACCCAGCCGGCGGUAUCGUCAACAGUGUCGCGACCAAAACCCAAGACCGUGGCGAGCAGUAACGGACGGUUACCGGUACCACCGCCCCGACCGAGUCUCCCGGCUCGUCGGUCUUCGAAUCAGAGUGCCUCGACAGUCUCGACGGAGCGUAGCGUCACGCCUUCACAGCUGCAACAACCACCACAGCUCCCUCGGAGGAAUACGCGCGAUACGUCGCCUAACCCGCCGGCUUAUGAAGACGCGAACCCCCCGCCACAGCCAAAGCGGCUCCCGCCGCCUCUCCCGUCCGGUAAUGCGCUGGAUAAGAUUCGGGGAUCGGGAUUCGGAGGGCUCAGCAAAAAGAUACAAGAUACUAAUGGAGCGAGCUCUCCUGCCCAUGAUGCCGGUUCGGCGGGUACACCACCUCCAGUACCGGUGGGCUCCCGUCCAGAUCUCUCUGCGAUAAUGGCGACCAAGCCGCGCGUUGCGGCAUCUAAUGGCGCAGUAUCUAACGGCGCAUCGCCUCCUGCUGCAACAGUAGCAGCAGCGUGCAUGGUGUGCCGAGACUUCACAGCGCCGGACACGCAUGCUGCGCGGUAUCCGAGACAAACGCUCCCCACUCAGGACAUUGGGUGGCUUGCUAGGGAGCUCACGGCGCCAUUCCUGUCCGCUACCGACAAGGCACGGGCCAUCUUUACAUGGCUACACCAUAAUAUAGACUACGAUACAGUGUCUCUCUACAAUAACUGCGUGAAACCGUCUACACCUAGCAGUACCCUUGCGUCGGGACUGGCCGUAUGCGAGGGCUAUGCUGGUCUGUUCGCCGCCCUCGCAAAAGAAGCAGGAUUGGAAGUUAGAGUGGUCUCUGGACACGGCAAAGGUGCCGGGUAUGAGUCUCCAGCUCCUGGUGCCGCUCUGCCACCGUUCUCACCCUCGGGACACGCCUGGAACGUUGUGCGAAUCGACAACGGACACUGGAAACUGAUAGACGCGUGUUGGGGUGCGGGCCAUACAACGGGGCCGAACAUGCCGUACGUGCGCAGCUUCAACCCGAGCAUGUUCACCAUGACGAAUGAUGAGUUCGGCCUUAAACAUUUCCCUAAAGACAACGCCCAUCUUUACCGUGAUGAUGGACGGCGCGAAAUCAGCUGGGAAGAAUAUAUCCUGGGAGACCCGAAUUCACCGCUUUGCGCGGAGCAGCCGAGGACCUUCAGCGACGCGAAAAAGCACAGUAUUGGCGAGCGAUCGUUCCGGCCGGCCAGCCAGAAGAUCUCGAUCCGCCAGACUGGGCCGUUGCGGUUCCAGUUUAACCUGUUUUGCGAGCACUGGUCGCUGGAAAGGCACAGUCGGGCGAGACCCGGAUUAUUCUUGCUGAUGAUUCACGGGGUGGAUGGGCGCAAAGACGAGCGUCUCCCGUUCGCACAUUGGCGACCGGCAGGGCCAGACGGAGGCGGGGAUGUGUGGUAUGUAGACGUGGCAGACGCAAGGGCUUUGGGGGCGCCGGGCCAAAAGGUGCAGCUGGCGGUGCUCACGAAACUGGGGCAGCGAGAGGACGCCCGUGGGGUGACGGUGGAGGAGUACCAGCGACAGGUUGGUAAGGUGGGGAUGGCGUGGGCGUACAUUGCGGAAUGGGAGCUCGUGGUCUGA